CCCCUGACUUCUGCUCCCACCGGCCAACCCCUCGCUGUGCUUCAUACUACACCGCAGCUACUUUCGCUUCUUUGGGAAGAUCCAUUAAGACUGGAUUAUUGCAUUUGGGGUAUAUAUAACCCUCGAGAGUUGCUGUAUCUCGACAUCACCUUCUAACACCUAAGACUCCAGCAUGCAAUCUGCGAAUAUUUUGAUUAUUGUCGCCUUUCUCAUCGGCGCUGUGAAGGCAGCCGGCGGCAACAGCACAGUCAGUGUCGAAGCGCCGACAAUAGUCUCCACAGUAUUUAAAUAUGACCCAAACAAAGCCGCAGCAAUUUCGGCAGGCGUGUUGUACUCCAUCGCCAGCCUAUGCCUGUUCACGCGCUUAUUUAUGAACAAGGCAUGGUGGGGACUUCACCUCCCUAUAGCCUCAACCUUGAUGUCCGUUGGCCUUUUUAUGCGCAUACCCAUGGCGACGAACCCAAAUUCUCUCCCGACUUUCAUGGUCCAACAAAUCCUCACCUUGUCACCGCCUGCCGCAUACCUCGCCUUCAAUUACAUCCUUUAUAGUCGUUUCAUCGUGAACUGUGUGGACAGACGCUACUCUUGGAUAAAACCAGAGAAAGUUACCUGGUACAUCAUUAUCAGCGAUAUGACGACAUCCAUACAGGGUGCAGUCAUCAGUCUACAAGCGUCGACAAAUCCGACAAGUACAAAGUUGGGCGUGGACAUACUGCUCACCGGAUUCAUCCUUCAGACAGCCUCAUUUGCGUUCUUCAUGAUCCUGGUUGCGCAUGCAUGGCAUUGUAUCAAUCGAGACGGUCUUCUGUUCCGCGAGGAGCCGUGGGGGAAAAUUCUUUGGAUAUUGAUGUUUUCUUCAACAGCCUACAUGAUUCGCUAUAUCUAUCGUGUCACUGAGUUUGCUCAAGGCAAUGGCGGCUAUCUCAUCACACAUGAAAUCUAUUUUUACCUCCUCGACUCCCUGCCACUGUUGAUUGGCAUUUGCGCAUACAUCAUCUACUGGCCAACGAAGUAUCUCGAAGCGUCGGUCAAGCCUGUCUAUGAUAAUGAAAUGACGGGACGAGUUCAGGGUUCUGUCUUCACUGCGAUAACUCACUCGGGUGCGUAAAGCAUCAGGGAAACGUAAUUCACUUCAGAGUGCUACAGAGCGCUCCGUAGCAUUCUGUAGCACAAUCCAACCC